AUGAAUGCCCGCUAUACAACAGCCCAAAACCGGGCAGCUCUAGAAGAGUUUGUCCGCCAACCAGUGAGGAAUUAUAUGAUCCAACAUCUGGCCAAGCAAGCAUCACUGGUCAUUCGAUGUGACCAAGAGUCCAACUCAGCAGCAGAGAGCUUGCCUACUCCCCCUUCGACCCCUCCGCAACAUGCUUUGGAGACACCUCAACCGCCCCUACCCUCCCUGGAGCAAUUCAUCACUUCCCUCGUCAACAGAUCCUCCGUCCAAGUCCCUACCCUCAUGACCUCUCUAGUCUACCUUGCACGACUAAGGUCGAGGCUACCUCCUGUGGCCAAGGGCAUGCGAUGCACCGUUCACCGGAUCUUCCUCGCCGCUUUGAUUCUCGCCGCCAAGAACCUGAAUGAUUCCAGCCCCAAGAACAAGCACUGGGCCAGAUAUACUACCGUCAAGGGUUUCGAGGGUUUCGGAUUUGGCUUGGCUGAGGUGAACCUGAUGGAGAGACAACUGCUGUAUCUGCUUGAGUUUGAAACCCGAGUGUCCGAGCAGGAUCUCUUUGAGCAUUUCGAGCCCUUCCUCGCUCCAAUCCGCUUCCAAAUCGAACUACAGCACGAGGAAGCAGAGCUCAUCAGCAGCCACCGACACUGGCAUUCCCAUCAGACGUCAUAUGACUCCGCGGUUGGCCUUCCACUACCUCCAUCUCGCCAAGUCAGGGACAAUGAGCUACCAGUCCUGGCCACUCCACCUCCAAGAGCAGCGGGCGUUUAUGAUUCCCCCAGCGCUUACGUUGAUGAAGAGCUCGCUGGAGGACGGUAUCCGCGCCACCGAUCCAACAACAGUUCACUCUCACUUCCAGCUCCCAGCCACAAGCGAUUCCCAUCACCUUUCCGCCACCACAUCAGCAACCGAUCAAUGUCACCACCUUCCCUUCGCGAUCUUCCUCCUCUAGUUUCCAGCAGGCCUGGUACCAUGCACAGCCAUUCUAGUUCACGGUCUUCAUCAAUGGCACCUUCGUUAAGAUCUAGGUCUUCCUCACUGGCUCCCACAUCCCGCGGCACCCCCUACACUGCUUCAUCAAAUAUCGAUGACAGUAUCGUGGUGGUUGACUUGACGCAGAGUCCCGAUGCUUCUUACCACAGCGCUUAUGGCACAGCAAUCGGUGGCCGACCUAGUCUGAAAGGCCACCAGACCAGCUUCUCCGGCGAAAGCCAACAGCCUUCCAAGAAGGUCAAGUCAGAGACUGGAUUCGGUGGGGUGAUGAAUCGCAUCUUCAACUCUGCUGCAAGCAAUUAUCGGUUGGGUAGAACCCCUGUACAAGCUGCAUAG